AGUCGAUCGUAGGCUUUUCCCCGAUGCCAGUCGGCGAACGCCAACGUCAAGGAAUCUACUUAAGCCGGUCUACGAUCGGAGCGCAUAGUUGCUCUUUCGCGUUGAUCUACGAGUCGGAAUUAGCUUUACGACGCGCGAGUUUGUCUCGCGCUUCAAAAUAAUUCGGUGUAAUCGGUGAAUAGAAGACGUGACAAUGCGCGUGAUCGCGGCGUUGUUCGCCGCGUUUCUUCUCGCUCACGUCGUCGAUAGCGUCUUACGGGAUCCAGAACUUGCGAGCGACAUUCGACGUGCAUGGCACAACAAUUUUACUUUGGACAUUAUGAACACUAGAAUGAGUAAGAAGCAUAACUCGUCGAGCAUUCUACUCAUAAUCAAAUAUCAGAAUGGAGCGAAGAACAUGAUAAUCCUGGAUAGACCGAAUGAACGAGUAAUCCUCGAAAACAUCGUUGGCGACCGUCGAAGCUCCGGGCACAUCAAGGUGAAAAUUGAUACCCACAGUUCAACGUCCGAGCAUCUGAUCUUCGUGAUACGACGGUACCAGAAGAAAGUCUUCCUGGACGUAUACGCCAAUUGCCAGUUCAAAGGAACGAUCGAGACGACGAGAGGUUUUCGCCCAUUGAAAUCUACCGAAAGGAUCGAAGUGUUUAGGGGAAGAAAAGCCCGAGUGACCGUGUACCCGCUCAGCUUGGACGAAGCUGAAAUAGAAGAGGAAUGUAACAAUUCGGGCGAAUUGUCCUCUUCCGAGUACUUGUGGUACGGUGGUGCGAAUGACGGUGGCUAUCGAAACACUAGAGAUCUGCGUGGUUUUAGUCUAUCGGAUGAAUCGGAGAUGGAUUCGAGACGCACGGCCAGGGCAACGUCGAGAGGAGACAUCGGGAUUCAAUCUUUGGACGAAAGAGACUGUCUGACGGACGAUCGGAUAGUAAAAACGUUGAACACACUGAUAGUGGCGAUCAACAGGUUGUGGCUUGAAACAGAAGAGAAUACAAAGGAAUUGCGAAAUUUGCGGCGAGCAAUGGAACGAUGCGAGACACACCGUACUCCUGCUCCCAGGCCGAAAGAAUCCAGUUGCGAAUACGAAUCGCCUUGUUUCCCGGGUGCUACUUGUUAUGAUACGAGGCAUGGACCGCGAUGCGGAGCUUGCCCACCACACUACACCGGCGACGGUCGCCAUUGCAUUCAAAUAAAUUGCGCGCACAGACCCUGCUAUCCUUCGGUCCCUUGCCACAAUCGCAGAAACGGAUCGUUCAUUUGCGGCAGAUGCCCUCCCGGCCACAUCGGCGACGGCAUUAACUGCGAAGCACAAGGAGAUCCCUGCGCGCUGAGUCCCUGCGGCCCGAGAACUACGUGCGAGCGGAUUUCCCGUCCACCUUAUUACAGAUGCGGCGCUUGUGCACAUGGGUACAUCUCUAAUGGGACCGCGUGCGUCGAAAUAAACGAAUGCGAUGUAACGGAACCUUGUUACCCCGGAGUACGAUGUAUCAACCUCAAACCAGGAUUCAAGUGCGAUCCUUGCCCGAAGGGAUAUACCGGACCUACCAUCGAGGGCUUCGGAUUGGAGAUCGCGAGGAGCGUUAAACAGACCUGCACAGACAUAAACGAGUGCGACUACAACAACGGUGGUUGUGGUCGAGGCGUGGAAUGCAUCAACACGCCGGGUUCGCACUAUUGCAGUGCUGAGUGUCAGACAGGAUUCUUAGGCAGCCGAGCAGCCGGCUGCCAGCCGACGAUUCGAGUUUGUUCGAAUUUAAAAGAAGUUUGCCACGAGGACGCCUAUUGCCGGGCCGUCAACGUCUACGAACACUUCUGCAGGUGUAACUACGGAACGGCUGGGAACGGGUUGUUCUGCGGCAAAGACACGGACGGCGAUGGUUUUCCCAAUGAUGCUCUUGACUGCGAGGAUCUGUUUUGUCACAAGGACAAUUGCCCGACGGUACCCAACAGCGGACAAGAGGACGCAGACGGAGACGGCAUAGGCGACGCUUGCGAUCCAGACGCCGACAACGAUGGUAUACUGAAUCGUAAGGAUAACUGUCGGUUGACCGCGAAUCACGAUCAGAAAGACUCCGAUGACGACGGCCUGGGCGAUCCUUGCGAUAAUUGUCCUUUCGUCAGCAAUCGGCUGCAAGAGGAUACCGAUGGCGAUGGUGUAGGCGACGCCUGCGAGAACGAUAUCGACAAAGAUGGUAUUCCAAAUAACCGCGACAACUGUCCAACGGUGCCGAAUCCCGAUCAGUUAGACACGGACGGGGAUGGGGUUGGCGAUGUCUGCGAUAAUUGUCCUGAUGUUCCCAAUAAGAAUCAGACAGACACGGACGGGGAUGGGGUUGGCGAUGCUUGCGAUACCAAUCAGGAUUCAGACUCUGAUGGCAAACAAGACAACCUGGACAACUGUCCCAACGUGCCGAAUCCUGACCAAAGUGAUAUCGACAGGGAUGGAAUAGGGGACGCGUGCGACAACGAUAUGGAUAAUGAUAAUGUACCAAACGAUGUUGACAAUUGCUUAUACGUGUACAAUCCGGAUCAACGUCCUUCUCGUUUCCCGCGUAUCGGCUACGCUUGCGCCGAUGACUUCGAUAACGACACCGUGAUAAACAGGAACGACAACUGUCCCAACAACACUUUGGUCUGGACAACAGACUUCAGAAAGUACAAGACCAUCAAUCUGGAUCCUAUCGGCACGGCGCAAGAAGAUCCGAUUUGGGUAAUACGCAACAUGGGUGCCGAAAUUACACAGCUUUUGAACAGCGACCCUGGUAUUGCUGUCGGACAGGACGUUUUUAGCGGAGUAGAUUUCGAGGGAACGUUUUACAUCGGGGAUGACGACGACGACGAUUUCGUUGGAUUCGUGUUCGCUUAUCAGAGCAGCAGGAAAUUUUACGUGGUGACUUGGAAGCAAUACGAGCAGAUCUACUGGCACGUCCGUCCGUUCAGGUCGCAUGCAAGUGCCGGAAUCAGGUUGAGGCUCGUCGAUUCGGCAUCCGGACCUGGCGAGAUCCUUAGGAACACUCUCUGGAGCGACGAUACCGUAGUGAACGAGAUGAAAGUUCUAUGGCACGAUCCAUCUGGCAUAGGCUGGAAGCCGUGGACAUCGUAUAGGUGGCAGCUUCUGCACAGACCUCAUAUCGGUCUGAUCAGGUUCGCUCUUUACAGGGGAAAGGACCUAAUAACUGACUCAGGGAACAUCUUUGAUCAUACUCUGCGGGGUGGCAAAUUGGGCGUCUACUGUUUCUCCCAGGAGAACAUCACUUGGUCCAACUUGCACUACUCUUGUAAAGAAUCUGUCCCGCUCUCGGUGUGGAACGAAUUGCCGCCUGACAAGAGAAAUCAAGUAGACAUAGAUACGGGCAACUUACAUCUCAUUUAAAUUUGAUGACUAUCCGUAAUUCGGAUGAAGAACGGGCAUAUAGAUAAGUCUUAAAGUACUUACAACCACGUGACAAUUGUCUAAAUAAAAACGAUAUCAAUUUUCUCCUUCUAUA